AUGGAAGUUAUCAAGUCCAAUAAGGGCGGGCGAAAACUGUGUUUCGGGGGCUUCAUGAAAACGCGUCACAAAGACAUAACGACAGGCAUUCGCUGGCGAUGCGCCAAGCGCGGUCAAUGUUGCAAGGGAUCGAUUAUCACUAGUGAGAAUUCUGAAGACGUUAUAGUAAGUUCUGAGCACGACCACCCUCCCAGUGAGAGUGCAACUAACGUCGCGAAGACAUGUAUCGUCAUGAAGGAAAUGGCCUUGAUGUCAAAUGAGAAGCCUGCAACUGUCGUCACACACUUGAUGCAAGAUCUUCGGGACGAAAGAAGGACCAUGAUGAAAAGUGAAGACAGCCUGAAGAGGACCACCCGCAAACAGCGAUGUUUAGCUUACCCUCCAAACCCCAGCUCUCUUCGAGAUCUUGUAAUCGACGCUCUGUGGACGAUGACAGCGGGGCAUGUACCUGAGAGGUUCCUCUUUUACGAAAAUGGACCCGAGGCUGAUGCAAGGCUCUUGGUGUUGGCGAGCACCCCAUGCUUGAGACUACUUUCCGAAAGCAGCACAUGGUUCAUGGAUGGCAACUUUGACUAAGCUCCGAAGGGAUUUCUUCAAUUGUACGUUAUUCUUGUACCCCUGGGAGAAUGCACGGUGUCUGUAGUCUACGUUUUUAUGACAAGGACGGCUCAAGAGGCGUACGAAGAGCUUUUCAGGCUUGUUUCGGAAUGCGAGUCGCUCGGGCUGAGCUCGGGUCCCAAUAUCGUCAUGACCGAUUUCGAGAAAGGAACGAUGAACGCUGUUAAGGCAAUCCUUGGUGAGGACACACGCACUAAAGCAUGCUUCUUUCAUCUAUGCCAAAGCACCUGGAGGAAGAUCCAGGAACUUGGAUUGGUUACUUGUUACAAAGGGGGCGACUCGUUUCGAGUCUUUGUAGGGAUGCCCGAUGGUCUUGCUUUUUUGCCUGUGGAUGAUGUCGAGGACGGAAUGCGCUUGCUGCGUGCAAUCAUGCCGCAUCACGCCGCCGAGCUCUUUGCCUACUUUGAUGGUUGUUAUGCGACUGGAACUUUUCGCCAACUCACACGAACUGAUGGCAACAUUCAUCUGCGUCGACUACCCGCCAGGUUCCCCCCUGAAGUAUGGAACGUGCACGAUGCCACAACAGAAGACAGUCACCGCACCAACAACCACUGCGAGGCAUGAAACUGGAGGUUCAGCAGCAUAGUCGGACAUAGCCACCCGACUGUAUGGAAGGCGAUCGACGCCCUACGGGCAGAAGAUUCGUCUGUCUUCGUAAGAAUUGCUCAGGAGUCUGUCGGAGCACCACCGAAGAAGAGGACGAAAACAGCGCUGAUGCAGAUGCAGCGCCGACUGCAGACUCUCUCCGCCCAGUACGAACGGGGAGCAAAAACGAUCGAGGAA